AAUAUCGGUCACGUAGAGCCGCGACGUUGCCGAUACGCAGUCGAAGGUCAAGGUGUUAUUCCACCAGAAGACCGCGAGCUCAAACUCUUCAAUCAAACUUUUUAAACGGAUGGUGUCGCUACAGUAUCGUGUUCCAUUUUCGCAGGCCUGUGACAACGCGGCGUGGAGAGUAUAUGCCUUCCAGCUCCAAACAAGUUAAACGCUUUCCUCGUGAAAUUGACGUCACACAGUGGAGAAGAGGAAAGUAUCAUCUUUCCAAAGAGCCAGAUGGUCUUGCUGCAGAGCGGCUUCACAAUUCUCAAACAGUGUUCAUAGACCCAGGCAUCCGGUCUCUGGUCACUGCUGUAGACACUCUUGAACCGCUCGACACACCUGAAGCAAGAACGGAGCACGUAUAUCAGCUAAAUAACAAAACAUACCAGUUUCAAUCCAUGUUCAAGUGGGCGCUCCAGAAGGAGAACAAAAAUCGAGCACGCUAUGCUCAUGUCGAACGACAGGCUCAUCCGGAUCAGGAUAUCCUGGAGAUACAAGAGGUGUAUGAUAUGAUGAGAGAACAUCCGGCCUCAAUGCCUUCCUCGGAAGGUUUCCAAAACUAUAUCAGAAUGUUGAGUGGCGUGCACAGACAGUAAGUUACCCAGCCAUGUCGAUAUAUAUCUUUUUUCUGCGCGCAAAAGUGCAUUGAAAAAUCUUGCCAACAGAUUGAUAGGGUUGGAUCACCGUGA